ACACAUUGACGCUUUGAGUGAGGAUAGACACAUACUGAAACCUCACGGGUGGUUUGUGAUGGAGAUUGCCGGACACAUAGACGGGUUGAGUGAGGAUAGCUGCAUACUGAAACCUAACAGAUGCAUUGAUUGCCAGACAAAUAGACGCGCUGAGUGGGGAUAGCUACAUACUGAAAC